UAGAGUUGAGGCAAUAUGCAGCAGCAACAAGUGUUGCCUUUUAAUUUGGAGCAAGCUGAACAUAAUAUAAGGAACUUGGCUGAGUUGAUACGAGGUGCAGAGUCAUUGCUGCGAACAAAGAUCCAGCAAGAAGGCAGCACGUCUUUGGCAGUACAACAACUUCAAACUUCUAUAGUAGCUGCAAAAGAGAAAUAUAGACAAGUAUUGACUAUGCACUCUAAUAUAAAGAAGUAUGUUUCGACUCAGGAGAAGAGGAAUUCGGAAAAACGCUCAACUUUAAGCAAAGGGGAGUUGGAAAAGUUGAGUGCUAAUGUUCUCAGUAGAAAAGAAUAUGAAAAUAGAAACUACCAAGGCUUCGAGAAAUAUCCUACAGCGUUCUCCAGUAGAGAGAAGUUUGCACUUACAAAGGAACAGUGGAACCAAUAUGGUUUAAGAGCUGUUGUUCCUUGUGAAUUGGAUUGGAAACAGUUUCCUCCAAUGUUGAUGGGAAAGGUUGGUGAGAUGUUGAGCUUUGGUAUAGUUUUGAAAGAAACAAAAACUGGAUUCCAUUUUCCUUAUUCUGUUCGUAUCUUUGGAGUUGACGAGCAUGUGGUUUAUUGGAGUUGGAGUAAAUAUCACAUAUUUCGCUUAAUAUCUGAGAGAGCCCAAGCGGCAUUAUGUUACUAUAUGGAGAAAGCAAUGUAUUCCAACCAACCCAUAGAGAAGGCUUUGGAUACCUUACUUCUCUGGAUAAAGUCUCAUGACACGUGGGAGGAUUGGAAACUAAGGUUCGAUAUGGCACGAAGCAGCUUUCUACCGCCUUGUGUCCGAAGUUUCCAAAAUCCUUUGAAAAGCUCAGCGAGAUAUCCUCAAACUUGCGUUUAUACGAAACAUCGAAAAUUGGAUUCUUUUAUAGGAACCCACUCUUGAUUAAAAACUAAUAUGUGACAAUUUGACGACUAUUAACAAGACUCACUUUUCCGUAUCUAAAAUACACAAAGAACUAUAUUCCAGUUACCAA